UCACAUUCAUAGGUUCAUUAAAUUGCGAUUUUCUAGGUUCCUCCAAGCUCGCAGAUUCGCAUACGUUCUGAGGGUCGUGGCUUGUGGCAUCACGAGGCUGUGACGUUAGCUUGGAGGCGUGUCUCUCCGCGAAAUCCAGGAAGUACUUUCAUGUUGGCGCGUGUUGGGGAGAAACAGCGGCGAAACGACGACAUGAUUUCAAACCCCAAAAAGAAAGAGCGAUCCGGCGAAUUGGUGUGCUACUUAGAUUGUAUUUCAGAUGUGAAAUGCUUCUCUCCAGCAUUUUGAGUGUGACAAUCAGUUUGUCUCUAGCCAAACUAUCAUACCUGACGUUUUGCGUAUUUAUUUCACAGGCUGUUGUAUUCUCUGACUUUGUCAGAUAGCAUGCUAAGUGGGUUACAUUGGCUAAUUGAAUUCUGUUAGUCAAAUGCUGCGAAUUUAUGAAACAUAGCAUACGAUGCAUCUCCUUGAUUAUAUAGGUAUUACGAGGGAAAUAUAGACACUGUGGUUUUAGUUGUGCUGACGAGAAAGCCUAAACUGUCUGCCUAUUCAACAUUAGCAGUAGUUCACCUAGAAUCGGCCUGUGGAAAAAGUGACAGCAUGGAAGCGAAAAACACAGCCGAUACUUUGGGGAGCGGUUUCCUGUCCAGAAUGGCUCUUAAUGACAACAAAGCUGGUAUGGAGGGAUUAGACCGGGACAAAAUCAACAAGAUUAUCAUGGAGGCAUCCAAGGGCUCCAAGUUUUAUGAAAACGAGCUGAAGAAGGAACAGCAGGUGAACCAGCGCAUCGGGAGGAUGAUGAAGCAGGCGGCUCAGAUUACAGAGCAGCAGCUCCAGAGUGCCCAGGCACAGGUAGACAAGCUGACGGCUGUGCUGGAAAGGGGGCGGGAGUUGGGUCGAGUCAUCGUGCAUGUGGAUAUGGACGCGUUCUACGCCGCUGUGGAGAUGAGGGAUCGCCCUGAGCUGAAGGAGAAACCUAUGGCAGUCGGCUCUUGGAGCAUGCUGUCAACCUCCAAUUAUCAUGCAAGGAAGUUUGGAGUUCGUGCAGCGAUGCCUGGUUUUAUAGCUAAAAAGCUUUGCCCAAACCUGAUCAUUGCCCCCCUGAAUUUUGAUAAGUACAGAGCAGUGAGCUUAGAGGUACGCGAGAUCUUCGCGGAAUAUGAUGAGAACUUUCUGGCCGUGAGUCUGGAUGAGGCGUACCUGGACGUCACCGAUCACCUGGUGCAGAGACUGAGCUGGCCGGACUCCAUGAGGACACACCUCCUGCGCUCAGCAGGCGAUGGGGAAAGGAAGGAGUCGGUGGAGCAGCCAGCGCCCGAUGAUCUAUCCCCGGUUCUGUUUGAGGACAGUCCCACUGCAUCAGCCAGCCCCUGUGACGCAGUAGGCGCAGUCGUGUUUGGGACGAGCGCCGAAGAGGCGGUGCGAGAGAUGCGCUUCCGGAUCGAGCAGAAGACGGCACUGACAGCCAGUGCAGGCAUUGCCCCAAAUAUGAUGCUGGCAAAGGUUUGCAGUGACAAGAACAAACCAAACGGCCAGUACAGGAUCCCAGCCGAGCGGCAGACAGUGAUGGACUUCAUCCAGGAUCUCCCCAUUCGCAAGGUGCCAGGUAUUGGAAAGGUGACUGAGAAGAUGCUGAGUUCUCUGGGAAUCACCACCUGUGCCGAGCUCCGUCAGAAGGGGGCGCUGCUCUCCCUGCUUUUCUCUGAAACUUCCUGGCAUCAUUUCCUGCAGAUCUCAUUAGGCUUGGGAUCCACAAAUGUGGAAAGGGAUGGUGAAAGAAAAAGCAUGAGCACAGAAAGGACAUUUGCUGAAAUGAGCGAUGCAGAGGAACAGUACGGUUUAUGUCGUGGACUCUGUAGAGACCUGUCCCAGGAGCUGCAGAAGGAGGGCCUAAAGGGCAAAACUGUGACCGUGAAGUUGAAGAAUGUUAACUUUGAGGUGAAGACCAGAGCUUUGACCCUGUCAUCCGUGGUAUCCACAGAGGAGGAGAUCUUUGCUGCCGCUAAGGAUCUCCUGAAGGCUGAGAUUGACCAUGUUAGCCCCCAUCCUCUCAAGCUGAGGCUUAUGGGUGUUCGGCUGUCUGGGUUUGUCAGCACAGAUGACAAGAAACCCCUUCAGAAGAGCAUCAUCGGCUUUCUGCGUACAGGCCAGUCAGAAUCGGGAGGAGCUACUCAACACAUAAGCCUUGAACACGGGGUCACUAAUGUCAGUCCAGAGAAGUCUUCCAACCUGAUGCACCCAGACGCACUGUGCAAUCGACCGGCAGCCAAUCUUCGUUUGGCUGAGCAGCUCAGUACUGGCCAGACGAAUCAGGAAGUUUCAAAGCCAGAGUCGGGACCUAAGAGAAACCCGGAGUCUUUCUUCCAGAGGGCACACAGGCUCCGGCUACAGGCCAAUCAGCAGGAAUUCCCAGGCGUUAGUGAUACUGGUCACGUCUUACUGAAUCCAGUAAGGACAGAGUGCUUCACGUGUCCUGUGUGCUUUAGGGAGCAGGAAAGCAUGGACCUGGAGAUGUUUAACAGACAUGUGGACAAGUGCCUUAGUGGGUCCUCCAACGCACCCGAGGAGAAAGGUGGCAGUGUAGACGCAGUGGGGGACUGUGUGGAAGGAGAAGGGAGCUGGCAGGUACAUCUGAGUAAUGCAAGCCAAGACGUCACUGAUCAAAGGAAGGGCAGCAGCAAACCCCAUGGAGCCUCGGGGCCGAACAGCACGCAUCCGCAAGCCAAUGUAGACAGACAGCCUGUGGGGCCCGCUGCCCCUAGUGGACGGCUAUUUAAACGAACAGAAAAAAGGGAACCCAGCCUCUGUGUUCCUGGACCUUCGGGUUCUGGCUUCCAGGAUCCAAGCAGGCGUGCCGCCGCUUCUCACACCAUUGUUACUGAGGCUCAUGGUUGCCAUGGAGAUGACAGGAAAAGCACAUCUGUUGGAGAGACUCCUGCUGAGGCAGCGCGUUUGGAUCCCCGAAACCCGAAUCUCGUCUGCCCUGUCUGCAGCGUGCCGCAAGAUACCACCGACCUCGUCGUCUUUAACCGUCACGUGGACGUUUGUCUCAGCCAGGGUAUCCUGCAGGAGCUUGGCCAACACGUAACAGUGAGCAAACCCAGCAAUCCAUCAUGCACCAGAGUCAAAGGAUUUUCCAGAGAAUUCCCAAGAUCUGACAGCACAUCAAGAGCUUCUGACUCAAGAGGCAAACACAAACGGGAGGGGUCACCGCCCCCACCUGCUCCCCAUAAGAGAGCCAAAGCUGUGGGUUCCCUGAACACUAUUGACAAGUUUUUCAGGUAAAGUUUGUGGGAAAACAGCAAUUGGAAAAUCAACAGGAUACUCAGUGCCCAUCGGCCUACAUCCUGGACUCGACAUACCGUAUCAUUCAGGGAAGCGGCAUAUGUAGACAUGUUGGAUUCUCACCUAAUUUAACUAUCAAACCGCGGCAAUGACUUUCUUUUCCACUGUGCAAUGAGAAAUGAACUAUUGACAGUUCAAAUGUACACUAGAUCACUUUAUGACAUUAUUUAUUCUCUUAAAAAUUAUCAUUAUUAUUAUUAUUGGUACAAAAUCAAAGUUAUGUAUUUCGUAUCAAACUAAAAUUUUAUAUACAGUAGCAGGUUAGACAGAAUGUUUUGCUAAGGAAUUGUGUUUGCAAUAAGUUGUGAGAUAAUGAAGCAAGCUUUCAUGGUGCUUGGGUAGGAAUGAUACUUGUGCUGACCUGUGCACUGCAGCUUUACCUUGGUAGUCUUGCUGUAUCUUGGUUUAUGAAAUGAAAUGAGGGAUGCUGUCUUAGUUCUGUGCUUUUCUCUUGAAGGAUUCAGUAUCAUUUCAUGUCUUAUUAAUGCUGUAGUAUUUUGAAUGCCUAGGUUUUAGAUAUGUGUACUUUUAUUGCAGUGAAAUAUGUUAUUGCAGUAAAAAUAAAAAAUGGGUAAACCUGCUUUCUGUGAAAUGUAUUCAAUAAAAACACAUGACUCCAAUAAAAAUGAAAUGUAUGUAAAAAUUC